AUGGACCAUAUGUUAGCUGACAUUCAGGCAGGAACAUUUGUUGAUGUGCCCCAAGAUCAUAGUAAUCCAUUGCCAACUGGUGGAUCAAUACCAGAUCCCUUUCCAAGUUCAUCUUUUGAGCAGCUACUAGAGGAUGCCCGACGUCCACUUUUUGCUGGUUGUACAAAAUUCUCAAAACUAUCAUUCAUUGUGAAGUUGUUACACAUUAAGACACUCGGUGGAUGGUCAAUAAGGUCGUUUGAUAUGCUACUUAACUUGUUACGGACUGCCUUUCCUGAUGCUGAAUUGCCACAUUCAUAUGAGGAAUCAAAGUCAUUGGAGCGGGGUUUGGGUAUGAGUUAUCACAAAAUUCAUGCAUGUCCCAAUGACUGCACCUUAUUCUGGAAGGAAAAUGCUAAUCUUCAUGAAUGUCCUACCUGUAAGGCUUCAAGGUGGGUGCCUAAUACCCACAGGGCUCGUCUUAUCCCUCAAAAAGUGUUGAGGCAUUUUCCUUUGAAACCAAGAUUGCAACGUCUUUUCAUGACUGCAAAUAUAGCCCGUGAAAUGAGAUGGCAUAAAGAGCAACGGCCCAUCGAUGAGUCCAGUAUGAGACAUCCUGCAGACGCAGAGUCCUGGAAGAGAUUUGAUGAGGACCAUAGUUGGUUCGCACAGGAUGCUCGCAAUGUUAGGCUUGGCCUGGCAAGUGACGGUUUCAAUCCCUUCAAUAAUAUGGCAAAACCGUAUAGCAUUUGGCCAGUAAUCCUGGUACCGUAUAACUUGCCACCUUGGUUGUGUAUGAAGGACCAAUUCUUCAUGACAUCCCUCAUUAUUCCUGGGCCAAAAUCUGCGGGUAAUGACAUUGAUGUUUAUUUGCAACCAUUAGUCGAUGAAUUGCUUGAAUUUUGGGAACAGGGGGUACCUACGUAUGAUGCCUCCACGAAGGAAACCUUCAUGUUGCACGCUGCUUUAAUGUGGACAAUCAAUGACUUUCCAGCAUAUGGGAUUCUUUCUGGGUGGUCAACAAAAGGAAGAUUGGCUUGUCCAUCUUGUAAUGAGGGCACUGACUCCAAUUGGUUGAAGUAUGGUCGAAAACAUUGUUAUAUGGGACAUCGUCGUUUCUUGCCGUCUGAUCACAUGUGGCGAAAGAGGAAAAAUUUGUUCAAUGGUAAGGAAGAUCAUCGCAUUCAACCAAGAGUUUUAGAAGGAUCAGAUAUUUUAGCUCAACUUCUGAUGCUUGGGGAUGUGCAAUACGGUAAAUCUCAUCGAAAUAGAAAACGCACUGUUGAAGAGUUGAACUGGACAAAAUAUAGCAUUUUCUUCAAACUACCGUAUUGGGUAACCCUGCGUCUUCGACAUAAUCUAGAUGUCAUGCAUAUUGAAAAGAAUAUUUUCGAUAACAUAUUGUGCACUUUAAUGAACAUAACUGGUAAAACUAAAGAUAAUAUCAAUUCUCGACGUGACCUGGAGAUUUUGGGAUUCAGAAAAGAAUUACAUUUGAAGUAUGAUGGAGAACGUGUUACAAUGCCACAAGCAUUGUAUACAUUACACGGUGAAGAAAGGAAGAAAUUUUGUGAAUGGCUGGCCGAUGUGAAAUUUCCAGAUGGAUUCGCUUCGAAUAUCUCGCAUUGUGUUUCUGUACGAGAUUGCAGAAUCUCAGGGUUGAAAAGUCAUGAUUGUCAUGUUUUCAUGCAAAGACUACUUCCUGUUGCUGUGGGGGGGUUUUUACGAACUGAUAUUGCAUUGGCCUUGAUUGAACUGUGCACUUUCUUCAAGGGGUUGUGUGCUCGAACCCUGGAUGUUUACCAAAUAUCCCAGUUUGAAACUGAUAUUUCCACAAUUCUAUGCAAAUUGGAGAUGAUAUUUCCCCCAUCUUUUUUCGAUAUCAUGAUCCAUCUAGCAGUCCACUUACCCCGUGAGGCCAUACUUGGGGGUCCAGUACAAUAUAGGUGGAUGUAUCCAUUUGAGAGAUAUCUCGACAAGUUUAAGCGGUAUGUUAAGAAUAAAGCCCGACCAGAGGGCUCAAUAGCCGAAGCCUACAUUCACACAGAAUGCCUGACAUUUUGUUCAUUGUAUCUCCAAGAUGUUGAGACGAAGUUUAUUCGAAAUGACCGCAAUAUUGAUGGUGAAGCCGAGAAUAUAGAUGGAUUCAAAAUUUUCAACCAGAAAGUUCGGCCCAUUGGUACAGCUACCAACAGGCAAUUAUCGGAUAAACUCCUAAUGGAAGCAACAUGGUACGUCCUCAACAACUGCGCUGAGGUUGGACCCUACCUAGAGGAGCACGCCGAGAAAUGUAGGGUGCACAUCCCUAAUUGUAUCGAUCAAACACAUCGUACUGAAUUUCCAAAUUGGUUGAAGAAACGUGUUCAGGACCAGCGUAUCACCAACCCAAUUGAGGUGACAGAUGAUCUAUAUGCAUUAGCCUGUGGUCCAGAACGGUGGGUUGCAUCCUAUACUGCUUGCAUUAUAAAUGGCAAAAGAUUUCAUACGAAACAACGUGAACUUCGGCGCCGUACACAAAAUUCAGGAGUAGUGGUAACUGGGGAUGAAAAUACUAAUAAUGUAGACUUCUACGGUGUUAUUAAUGAGAUCGUGGAGUUGCACUACAUGGGUAGGCGGCGGGUGUACUUGUUCAUGUGUGAUUGGUUUGACGUUGGUGAUCCGAGACGAGGGGUACGAGUUGAUAACCAUAUGACCAGUAUCAACAUGGAUAGGACUUGGUACAAAGAUGAACCAUUUGUGUUGGCAUGCCAGGCUUCCCAGUGUUUUUACAUCAGAGAUAUAAGGGCCAAAGGGAGAUGGUUUGUGGUGCAACACUACACGAACAGGAAUGUAUAUGACAUUCCAUUGGUGCCAAGAGUGUUAGAAGAUAUUGAUGGCUCCUUGAGUGAUGAUGAUGCAUAUCAAGAAACUGAGGAAACAUAUAAUUAUGCACCAUUGCAGUGCGAUGCAUGUCCAGUGUCAACUCCACUGAAUAGGAAUGACAUAGAACCUAUAUUGAUUGAUGCACGAGAAGUGACAAGUACGGCUGGUCAAAACGCAAGUUCGACAGACUUUAUUGACGAUGGCAUGAUGGAUUCUGGUUCAAGAGAUUAUUCUGGUGAUGAGGAAUAUUCAGAUGAGGAGGACCUUUACACAGACGAUGAGUCUCUAUCAGCCUAG